AUGUUAUGGUAUCAACAACUCCAUAACAGCAAAUCACUGGCCCUCAUCGGUUAUAGCUAUGGCAAAGCUGACCCAGCCUAUGAACCUGAAUUCCAGAAGAGAUUCAAGAUGACCAGAGAUGACACCGUGACUGGAGCUUUGAAAAUCUCUAACCUGAGUUUGUCAGAUUCUGCAGUCUACUACUGUGCUGCUAAAAGGCACACAGAUUUCAGUGAUGGUGUUCUGAUCACUCAGUGGCCGAAGUACAUAUCCAGUCUUCCAGGCUCUUCAGUUGAAAUGCACUGUUACCAGAAUGAUACAGACUAUGACUACAAAUACUGGUACAGACAAAUACAUGGUGAAGGACCGGUGCUUAUUGCAAGCAUCAUCGGGACUGCUGAAUCGAUUGAGAAGGGAUUUGAUACUGGCUUCAAAGUGUCAAAUUUCAGUGAUGGUGUUCUGAUCACUCAAUGGCUGAAGUAUAUAUCCAGUCUUCCAGGCUCUUCAGUUGAAAUGCACUGUUACCAGAAUGAUACAAACUAUGACUACAAAUACUGGUACAGACAAAUAACAGGAGAACAACCAGUGCUUAUUGGGAGCUACAUUGUUAACUCUGGCUCGAAUGAGAAGGAGUUUGAGACCGGCUUCAUAAUGUCAGCUGUUUUUAGUGAUGGUGUUCUGAUCACUCAAUGGCCGAAGCACAUAUCCAGUCUUCCAGGCUCUUCAGUUGAAAUGCACUGUUACCAGAAUGAUACAGACUAUGACUACAAAUACUGGUACAGACAAAUAAAAGGAGAGCUAGUGCUUGUUGGGAGCUACCUUGUUGCUUCUUCCACUAAUGAGAAAGGUUUUGAAACCAAUUUCACAGUGUCAAGUACAGAGACUAAGAAAUGGACCCUGAAAGUGGAUGUUAAGGAGGGGAUUGAUGCUGUGUAUCUGUGUGCUGCUAGUUUACACAGUCAAGCUUUCUUCGGCAAUGGAACAAAGUUAACAGUUCUUGCUUACUUCGGCAAUAGAACCAAGCUCACUGUUCUAGCUAGACAUAUUGAGUCGAGCAGCAUUCAUGGGCCAUUUAAGCUAAAAAAAAAGGGACUUGAAUUUGGCACCCUGAGUGAAUUUGUUAGUGCAGAUGUGUGCUGUGACACUGGUGGUAGUUAUCCAGCUUAUUUCGGCAAUGGAACGAAGCUCACUGUUCUGGAUCCUGAUGUUGCCAUCAAUAAACCAGAUGUAAAAAUUCUAAAUGAGACGCGCUGUAAGGAAAAGGUCACUCUUGUGUGUUUGGCUGAAAACUUCUACCCAGACCAUGUGAGCAUAAAAUGGACAGUUGGUAGCAAAAACAUAACAGAGGAUGUAGCGACAGACCCUUAUGCCACCCAAGACGAAAAAACGAAAAUGUUCCGCAUAUCCAGCAGACUUAAAGUCCCUAAAAAUGAAUUCACACCAAAAAGCACAUUCAAAUGUACAGUGACCUUCUACAGAGCAACAGAUGUUUCUGAGGACGAAUCUGCUGAAAUCACUGGAACUGGAGGGGGUGGAUAUGAACCAGAAGACUAUUUAAAAUCAUCGAAGAUGAUGAAGCUGGCAUACGGUGUGUUCAUUGCUAAGAGUGCACUGUAUGGCCUUGUCAUCUUUGUGUUCGUGUUGAGAAAGGGUUCAUGUGGAAAGUGAAUGAACAAAACAUAUCUGGAUUGUUGGAGUUACCAAGAAAACUUCAUUUUCUCGAACCAUAAGAGAUGCUGUUUAUAUAACUGAAGAGUCUGUUAUUUUAUUU